UUGUUUCUGUAGUAAUCGCACGAGAAAAGAGCCUAUUGGAAUUCGACUGACCUUGUCGACGUAUAUUUGUUGACGCUCUUCUAUGUACAGAGCCAAAUGUCGCGCCCUUGUAGAAAAACCAAAUGAUUCUACGAAUCCACGUCGAGCUAGAUAUAAACGGAAAGCAUUGUUCUAAUUCUCCUCGUAGUAUCCGUUACAAUAAUUUUAAUUAGAUUUACACGGUGUUUUACCUUUUACGUAAAUUAUAAAUUUUGAAAAUAUGGUGGUUUCAACUAUAACAGAAAAUGGAACAAACGGGGAACAAUCUUCCCCAACAAUGGGUAUUGCGCCUGGAGAUUAUCGUUUAGUUGGUUGGGAUAUGGACACUACCGGCAAAAAGUUGACAGAUGAAAUUUGUCAAAUCGCUGGAUACACACCUAGUUCUGCUUACUCUCAAUAUGUAAUGCCUUACAAGGACCUUAAUCCUCCUGCUAUUAAGCGGCAUAACAUGAGAGUUGUAACUGUUGGAAAAUACCGUAUGCUUAAAAACAGUAAAACUAACAAGGUAUUGAAAACUAAGAGUGAAGUAUCCGCAUUAACAGACUUUUUGACUUGGUUGGAGUCUGUCAAAGGAGACGCAGCGGAUGGAGUUAUAUUGCUUUAUCACGAACCACGUAAGGUUAUUCCUGCUAUGCUACUCGAAUCUUUACAAAGGUAUAAUCUUGUGGAAAGAUUUAAACAAACCGUCAGAGGUUUUGCUAAUGGUUUCAAUAUCGCUGAGGCUAAAUGUACAAAUUCUGUACGUACAUUUUCUUUACGUACUCUGUCACGUACAUUACUUAAGAGGACAGAAGAAUUAGACAAUGCAAAAGAUAGAGCAUAUCUGGCCUUACAAGUUUUACAAUAUAUUAGUCUCCAAGAAAAUACAAAGGUAGGUGAAACAAGUGGAAGUGGCGAUAGUGAUACAGCUAUGAAAAGUACAAUCGAAUUUAUUCAACCGUUUGUUCAACCUAUUCAUAUUGAAGAAGAAGAACGUGCAAAACUGAAAGUGGUAUUCGAGCGACAAAACAGUUUGAGACCAAUUUUUGGUCCAUUAUUCAAAGCAAGCCGCAAAGAACGCCAACACGCGAGUCCUUUACGUCGACUAUUGGCUGAAGCUGGUAUAGAGUAUUCGCAGUUACAGGAAGCAUGGUCUAAUGGUCAGAAACAAGGUCUAGAAAAAUUAAUAAAAGAGAAGCUGAUUGCAGCAGAAGACAAAAAAAUAGAGGAUCUAAUAAAAGUUUUGGAAAGUUAUUUUGAUCCUGAGAAAAAUUCAAAAGCUAAAACAAGGCACGAAAAGAAAGACAUGAAGUCAGAGUCUUCGAAGAUCAUAGAUGAUAGAGAAAAUAAUAACAAGUGUGACUCAGGUACUGAAACUCCUGAUACUACAUCCAGUUCUCCUAUCAAUACGAAAUUAGAAUUACCAGAAAAUGGUAAAGUCUCAAUAGAAGACUAACUAGCUUGACACGUUAAAGUAUGUUGGUUGAUAGAAUCUAGCAUUUUGAAAAUAGUUUUAGACGAAUCAAUAUAUGAUUGACUUCAACUCUUCAAAGUAUUAGAUUCUAAGAUAAAAUAGAUUCAUAACUGUUAAUGUUCAAAUCAAGUGCCUUAAAAAAAAUGAAAGUUACAAUUUCAUAUUAUUACUUUUUUUUUUUUUAUUUGUUAUGAUGAAAAAAGAGCUAUGUCCCUGCGGGAUAUAUCGUUGCAGUCGACUAACAUAAGUAUGUAAUCAACAGAUUAAUUAUUUUUAGUUUGUUUGGCAUAAUUGUUAUUUAAUAUUCACUUCGUUGAAGUUUAUCCCUGAAUUUUAUAUAAUUUUUUUACUUAAUCAUAAGAUCGAUUAAAAUUCUAAUAAGGAUAAUAUCGUUCACAGAGACUGAUCACAUGUAAGAUGAACGACAUUCAAACGAUAACAGAUUAUUAAACAAAUUAGAAUAGAAUGACUUUCGUUUUGUUUUUUUUUUUUUUUCUUUUAUAUAUACUUCAAAAGAAGUAGAGUUAGAAUUUAUGUUUAUCAACGAACUAUAAACCGAAAAUAAUAGAGUUUAUUUUUUCGUAACAUCAUAAAAAUUUAUUUUAUCUAAAUACGAUUUAUGGUUGUUCUUACUUAUAUGUUCAGAUAUCUCAUUGUAUUAUUAUUGCAUAAUAAAGAUUUAGACUUAAGACUUGUA